UUUCUUGUGUAGCAAAAUUCCAAGAAUAGCGACCAUGCGACGUGUCGUUAAUCGAGCCAUAUUUCUAGGCAGAGCCUUAAGGAGCAACUCCACCGUCUACGGUGGCUUUACCGGUGGUUCCACUGUUUGCCAGGUGGCUCCCUACGACAUGUGCUCGAGUUCCAACUCUAAGUGGCUGUCUCAGAAUUUCGUUGAUCGCUUGAGCCUCUCAAAUCCCUACUUAGCUCACAGUGUUAGGUUCGGUUCUGCAGCUGCCACGUCUCUCGCUCAAGAUGUGCAAUCGAAUGCUUCGCUUCGCUCAGAAGAGGGUUUCAAGUCCAAAGACGUGGUUCUGUUUCAGUAUGAGGCCUGUCCUUUCUGCAACAAAGUUAAAGCGUUUCUGGACUACUAUGAUAUUCCAUAUAAAGUGGUGGAAGUAAAUCCAAUGAACAAGAAGGAGAUCAAAUGGUCUGAUUACAAGAAGGUGCCUAUUUUGACAGUUGAUGGUCAACAAAUGGUUGAUUCUUCAGAGAUAAUUGAUAAGUUGGUGAAACGGAUACGUCCCGAUUAUGAUUUAGAUGCAGCUGAAGAGAAGAAGUGGCGCGAGUGGGUGGACAAUCACUUGGUUCAUGUAUUGUCACCCAACAUAUAUCGAACUGUUUCCGAGGCUCUUGAAUCAUUUGAGUAUAUCACCACUCAAGGUAAUUUCAGUUUAUCUGAGAGGUUAGUGGCGAAGUAUGGCGGUGCUGCUGCUAUGUAUUUUGUGUCAAAGAAAUUAAAGAAGAAACAUAAUAUCACUGAUGAGCGAGCAGCACUGUAUGGAGCUGCAGAACAAUGGGUUGAUGCUUUGAAGGGCCGAAAGUUUCUUGGUGGAAUGGAUCCUAAUUUAGCAGAUCUUGCUGUCUUUGGUGUUCUACGACCCAUCCGUCACCUCAAGUCAGGUAAAGAUAUGGUAGAGCACACACAGAUUGGGAAAUGGUACUCUGAUAUGGAUCAGGCUGUAGGACAGUCUUGCAGAGUCAAUUCAGAUAGUUAAAGUAUAGUGAGUCUCAACUUAUAAAUUGAUAUCAGACUGCUGUAUGGAAAUUGAAAUAAGUUUGCAGCUACAAAAGUUUUGAACGGCAUGCGAAUUGCUCUAGCUGCCCCCUUUUGGUUGUAGUAAUGAUAUAUGAUAACUGAUAACAAGAUGUUUCAUCUGGUUUUGUGAAGACUGACGAGCACAAUUAUCUUACUACCUUAACUUGUGUGAUUAUACACUUAUGCUGUAAUGCAAUCAAUAAGAGGAGCUUCAGCAAGGUGUUUUGGGGUAAUAA